AUGACUGCCACGGAUCCCGCCUGUGACGGCACGUUCGAUAUCCUGGACAACUUGCCCGACAAGAUCCGACCAAAAUAUGUCGACAAGCUGACCAGGGAUCAAAUGGCCCAAGUCAUUCUGUCGGUUUGGCGAGAGAGAGAUGCUGCAAAGGCCGACGCCGAGAAGCAGUUGACCUCCAAGCUUCGCCCCGUGUCUGAUGCUUCUGCUUCGUGCAAGUCACAGGCGCCCAUACUACGCAGUGGAGCAAAUUUAGCAAGUGCCAUCGACACAUCCGCUAAGGGAACGAAGCACACUCGCGUUGAGAAGCGACCCAUGGCGACUGAGACAUCGCUCGCUCUAAGUCGAAAGGUUGCUAAAAAGAUAAGCACAAGCGCAAAUGGAGAGCACGAUCUCUGCGACCUUCCCCGAUCCAAAGACAAGACUGAUGAGGCCUCCCGCAAGAACACCAGAGCAGAGACAGAGGAUCCAGAAACAUUUUCGACGAAGGUAGAAGAGACAGCGAUCAGGCCAGAAAAGGACUUUACGCCACCCAUCGCAGAUGAGAACCAGACGCGACAUCUACCACUCAUGCUCAGCCUGAAGAAGGAAGAUGAGAGCACAGAUUACAAGAACAUCCAGGAACUCCCAUCCACUGUGCUCUCAGAGCUGAGGAUGCGCUUCGCCGAUAGAAGCACCGGCAACAAGUCCAGGGUCAUAGCCUACAACAGACUCUUGGGUAGCCUUGCCAAAUACUCAGAAAGACAAUUCUGUGUCUGUGAUCAAAUCUUCAAAAACCUGAAGGCUACACGAAAGGGAAUACCUAUACUAUCUCAGACUUUUGUGAAAGGUGGUAGACUAGGUGUGAGCGCAGACGACAAGUGCAUUGACGAAAGGAUGCCUUGUGUACAUCUUGUUCGUAAGCAGAAGGCGGGUGAGGAUGAGUAUAUCCUUGUCAUUGUGCCUCUACCAGAGCAGUUACGAGGCAACGCCAAAUGGACAGAUCUAAAAUUCUGGGUGGUGGAGUAG